AUGCAAUCUCCCGCCUACGACAAAGAAUGGCCGCCUCGUCUGGAAUCUCUUGACCAGCAACACGAAUUAGACCUGCCCGAGUUCGACGGGGACGACGAGGCGGUCCUUCUACAGCACCUAUCGUCUACAUUACGGAAACGCAUCGAGAAGGACCGGGCUCACGAAAUGCAGGCAAUCAAAGAGAAGCUCUGGGUUCUGGCCCUCAUUCAGGCACAUCUUGAUACCCCCGGUCACGGUCAGAUGCCCUGGAUUGUGGCUGUUUGUUUGAUAGGAAUGGCGACACUACACUUCAGCUUCACAAUCUUCCUGGCCUUCAUUUAUAUCGCUUUGGUAGCAUCAAGAGAUCCCAGUAAAUCGAUUGUAGAAAUGAUGAGCGAAACCAUCCAUGCUCUUGUGACACCGGUCAGGUCAUACAAAUCAAUGGACACCCACAAGAGGCAAAAGCGGAUCGACGACCUGUUUAGAAGACGCUAUAUCACGGCCCUACUAUAUCGCGAACAAAGGCCUACGACGCGGCCAAUAUCGUCCUCACAUGGAAGCAUGCAAGUCGACGUCACGGAGGCCAGAGACGCCGUCAAUUUCCUCUCUUCUAACAUCCACCUCGUCAAAAAUCUCGCGGAGCUUGGUCUUUCCUGCAUAUGCGAGGUGCUGGAAGAGGAUAUGGCUACCACCGACGUAGAGUUUGAGGAUAUCCGUUUUUCGAGAUUUGCGGAAGUCAUCCGUAUCGUCGACCCGCAUGCAAAAUUCUCCCCGGAAAUCCAGGGUGUCCUGCAGCAGAUCGCCGAGGACUCCCCCGUACCGACCCUGUACGUACAGGAUACGUCUAUCGCGAACAACCUCGGAUCAGUCCCGACUUCCGUAGACCAGACUGCAUCGGCCUCGAACGAGCCGGCUUCCCAGACCGGUUUCAGUUAUCAUGAGCGUGGUACCGAAGCGCUUGCCGAUGCGGCUGUCGCUCAAGAGGGUGAUAACAGUUUGGAGGAGCCCGGGAAAUUCGCAGCAUAUACAGCCACUUACCAAAGUCUAGCUGCUGAGUAUAUAGCUCGUCUGCGGAUCAUGGUGCGAUGGGAAGUCGACACACCGCCCAGCAGGUUCACUACCAUUUGUGAAGUCGAUAUUGGAGAAGCUGAACGGACCAAGGUAGAGGAGGUGGAAUUUGGAUAUAAGAUUGUUGCACCUGUCACGUUUCCGAUUCAGCGCUGGCACUCGAACAAGAUGGAGAGCGUGUCAAUCCUCACAGUCACACAGUCAAUAUUCAUCUUGGUGCAAAUCCAUCAGUUGAUUUGGGACUGGGUGGACAGCAAGAAGUGA